AUGACCUUCGUCACGAAAUCGAGUUCCAGCUUCAUCGCAGCCUUAUAUCUAUUCUUGUUGGGCAGUUCACCUCGUGGGGUCAUGUCCGCUAUAUCUGCUGCUGAGGGAGAUGGUCAAUUACCGCCGGAACCUCCCACGGUAACCAUUGAUAUGUCUGAACCCCCCGAGGAGCAUUUCAAACCAGCAGUGAGAGCUGUCCUCAAGGAGUAUGCUUACGAGGAUACAUUUGAGCCCCUAUUCCGCGAAUUCAAUGCUACCGUAUUUGGCAAGGAGAAGCUUCAAGACGAAGACUAUGAUACUCUGGCUGAUGCUGCUGAUAAGUUCUUUCCUACGCAGGCUCGUGAGCUCAGGGGCAUAUCGGAAGAGUUCGGUACUCAAGGCCAUUACGUGAGCUAUCCUUAUCUCUCGGCUUGGUUGUAUGCAAUUGAGAUGGAGCACAUCGAAUACCCUGAUCCAUCAAGCACUACUGCCGAAGACAAUAACGAGUGCACUGCCCUCUUGGUCGCUGAUUGUGAAGGCAAUGUUGUUCAGGGACGUAACAUGGAUCGUCCCCCAGCGUAUACCCCCUACGCCAGGCCAGUCACUCUUAACUUCGAUGUCGUCAACAACUCGAACGGCGUACCUGAUUUCAAGGCUUCUGGUUUCUAUUGGUUAGCAGCUUCGUUUGUCACCGUUGAUAUCCCUGGUCACCUCUCUAUGCAAGCUAACUACAGAUAUUAUCCCACUUACAGAGAGACUCCGACCAAGCAGGAUAUAUUCGAGUAUAUCAAAGAAGGGAGAGCGUCUGCGCUUCAGACGUUCAAUGAGAUGAUCUUUGAACAGGGUAUUAUCGACUUUGAGCCUGCCGUGGAGUACCUCAGCAAAU